UCGAGCGGUCUUUCUUUUCAUUUUCGAAAGAAGAUUUAGGGAAAAAGUUUCACUGCGAACAUCGAAACCCUAGAAGAACGAAAACUCUCUCAACUAAGGGAAAUAUCUUCUUCCGGAGUUAACUUGGUAAUUUCUUGUUCCUGUACUCUAAUCUAGUGUUUUGUUUUUAUGAGAUUUUCUUUUUGGUGUUGAUUUGAAUGUUGAAGAUAGAGAACGUUUUUAUUACUUGAAUAUGUGUCUGUACUAGUGAAUCUCUAGGGUUUAAGAAGUUCAAGAAACUAGGGUUGUAAGAAUUUUUUACUUGAAGAAAUGGAGAAGGUUUGUAAAGAAUUAGACGAUGUUAAAGAUGAAAGGGAUAAACUAAAAGAUGAGUUACGAAUUAAAGAAUCUGCUGUUAAACAUAUGUGUUCAGCAAACGAUAAACUCCGGUCUGAUUAUGGACAGAAGUUACAGAAAUUGGAAGGGGACAAUAAAAUCUUGUUAAUUGCAUUAGAUGAGUCAAAUGUGAAAAGCAAUGAGCAAGACCAGAAGCUUUGUACGUUUAAGCAGGAGAUUGAAGGUUUAAAGGAACUCUUAAGGGUGUCAAAGAAAAAGUGUUGUGAAGCAGAAGAAAGAGGGGCUAAUGUUAGUAAACAGCUGGGAAAGAGAGAAGACAUGUGCAUUAAACUAGAAGAGGAAAAUGUGAAAUACAAGGAACAACUGAAAUGGAAGAAAGAGCAAUUUGAUUAUCUCGAAGAAGCGCAUAAAAAGAUGCAAGAUGAGUUCCAGUUGAAUAAGAAGGAAUGGGCUAAGGAGAAGUUAAAUCUCAUUGAAGAGAUUUCAACACUAAGCACAAGUUUGGAUUCACAGAUAAGAAUAUCGGAAAGUCUUCAGAGCGGGUUGGAGAUGUGCAACCAUGCGUUAGCCCAUGAAGAAAGCAGAAGGAAGUUACUUGAAGUUGAAGUUUCUGAAUUGAAACAGUGCAAUGAGAGUGUUCUUGCAGAUUAUCAAGAGGAGAAAACAAAGGUUGAAAGCAUGACAGCAAAAAGGGAUGAAGAAAUUGCAUCUCUAAGAAACUCAUUAGGCGCAAAACAGACAUUUUCCAAAGAGAUGGAGUUCAGAAUAAGUCAUCUGGAGGAAGAAAACCGGGUUUUGCGGGGAUCUCUUAAAGAAUUUCAGGAAGCUCGGAUCCAAGAUGCUGGUGCAGGUUCUUCAUUAUUGAAGAUACGUAACAAGCUUAAAGGUCUAGAGAAAGUGCAUAGUGAAUGCUCCAUGAACAUGAAAGCUAGAGAAUCUGAAUUUGUUUGUCAAACCGAAAAGCUGAUGGUAAAUCUGAAUGACUGCAAAUCUGAGUUGGAUGUGAAAUAUAAACUAAUCCAGGAAUUGAAGAUGGAGCUAGAACUCUGGAGUUCGUUGACGUUACAGUUAAAAAUUGAUAAUGAAGAAAUGUACGUGUUGCUUGUGAUGUACAAAUCAGGAUUUGCUGAUGCUCAAUCAAAUCUAACGAAUUUGGAUGCUGCAGUGAAACUUUGCGACUCUGAGAGAAGAGAAAAAAUUGCUCGUCUGACGGAGCAAUUGGAGGAGAAGAACAGUUCCCUGACUAAAGCCUAUGCUGAAAUUGAGAAGGGGAGUCAGACUGCAGCAUUAUUAGUGAAGAAGAUCGAGUCCUUAGAUGCAUCAAACAUGUCAAAUUCGAAAACUGAGAUGGAACUUUACAGCAAAAUGAAAGACGAAGAAAUUGCUCAUCUGAUGGAGGAGUUGGAUCAAAAGAACGACUUGUUGCUGAAAGCCUGUGAUGAAAUUGAAAAGUAUCGCGAGAACACGGCAUCAAUAGAGAAGAAAUUAGAGUUCUUUCGUGCAUCUGAGCAGCAGUAUAGUGUGGUACAGAACGAGUUUGAGAGGUGUAAAACAAUUCAGGUUGUAGGUGAGCUAGAUAUCCAGGUGAAGAAUUUGAUGAUUAUCGAACUAGAAGAAGAAAUCCACAACUUGCAGCAAAAGUUGGAGCUACAAGACAAGUCCUUGUUGUGCUCGGAACAAAAUGAAGAGCAUCUUCAAGCUGCAUUGGAAUUGAAACAAUCGGAGAUUGAAAAAGUUCAAGAUCAACUUGGGAAUCAAGGAAGAAACUUAGAAGGCGUCAUCGAAAAGCUUGAAUCUGAAAAAAUCCUGUUGCGUAAUGAAAUCAUUAUGCUGACAUCUGAGAAGAAAGACUUUUUGAACCUUCUAGGGGAUUUCUCUGAUCGGGUCAAUGGGUUUUCUGAUAAAGGCACAGAGCUUAUGGCAAGGUUAGAGAGAACAAUGCAGAGUAUCAGCAAGGCCAAUGAACUAGAUUUCCAGGUGAAGAGCUUGACAAUUUUCAAACUAGAAGAGGAAAUCGACAAGUUGCAGAAAAAAUUGGAGCUACUAGACAAGUUCUUGCUGUUCUCAAAGCAAAAAGAAGAGCAUCUUGAAGCUGCAUUGGAAAUGAAACAAUCUGAAAUUGAAGAAGUUCAUGAUCAACUUGGGAACCAACAAAGAACCUUUGAAGGUGUUAUCGAAAAGCUUAAAUAUGAGAAAACCCUUUUGUGUGGUGAAAUCCUGAAGCUGAAAUCCGAGAAGAAAGACUUUUUGGAACUUCUUGAGGAUUUGUCUGACAAGGCCAGUGGGUUUUCUGAUACAGACACGGAGCUUAUGGCAAGGUUAGAGGAUAUCAGCAAGGCCAACUAAUAAGUUGGAGACUGACUACAUGCCCGCAAUGUUUAGCUCAGUGUUAGAGUUGAUAAAACAUUACUGGUUCAUUUUAGGUAUGACAUGCUAAGAGCCCAGGAAAACCUCAUGAACAAAGCACACAGUACUGCUAAAUCAAUUGAAUUAUUCAAUUUAAUCAACAAUUAUAUAACAGCGGUAUUUCUGUCAA